AUGUGGAAUGCAGAAGAACAGUGGAGUGAUGAUGAAAGCUUUGGUUAUAUUGAGAAAAAAAAAUCUAAAUUAGAUGUUCUAGAUACAUUAAAACCUCAGGCAUGGGAUAUUACUGAUGAGCUGAAUUUUGAUGAGGAGAUGGACUUUAACGAUCAUUUUUUUAAUGAAGAGAUAAAUGAAGAGAUCAAUAAAGAGAAUAAAUUAACAGAGAGUCAGAAUAUCCCUAGAAGCUAUGGUAAUACUGCAAAUAAACCUUUAGAUGAAAUACCUCUACUAGAACCAAUAAAUACUUGUUUAUCAAAAACAAAUAAACCUGAUGAUAAAUUAAACUUUGAAGUAGACCAGAUAUCUAAAAGUAAUAUAUAUAACAUACAUUUUGACUUUGAAGGUGAAUUUAGCUAUUUUGGUACUAUGAAUAAAAGUAUACAAGGCAAAAAGCUAGUGAUGUAUUCUAAAGAUAGCAAGAUACUUACUAUACCACCUGCAGAUUUAGAUGAUAAUCAUGAAUACUUUUUGUUUUCAGGCAUUAGAGAUCAAGAUAUUAAGUUUUAUUUACAAUCUCGGCCUGAUAGUGAUGUUAGAAAGUUGGAUUGUAUUACAGAUAACUUGAAUGAAACUAACAUUCAAUAUGAUACUCAAUUGUAUUUAGAUUCUGUCAAGAUUACUGAAGAUACCACUAAAUUAAAUUUAAGACCACUGAUUAGUUGCUCAUAUAUGAAAAGAAUUGCAUUAAAUCAGAAAUAUAAACCUAAGUCAUAUUUAGAUAUUAUAAAUGAUGAGGAAACUGUAAGAAAUAUUUUGAAAUGGAUUAAACAGUGGGAAGGAUAUAUAUUUGGUAAAAAAGUGAGAAAUUUGAAACUUGCUGAUAUGGAAGAUGAAAUAGAUAGUAGGAAUGAAGAAGCAAAAGAAGCUCCGAACAAUCCAAUACUACUUGUUGGAGGUCCUUCAGGAUGUGGCAAAACAUCUUUAAUUAAUAUUCUGGCAAAGCAAUGUGGCUACAAUACUUACGAAGUCAGACUAGAUGAUGAAAGGAGUUCCGCUCGUAUCGAAAAUUCAAUUAAAAUAGGCAUUGGAUUCAAUACUAUACAAGGAGUAAAUAGUAAACCUAACUUAGUUUUAAUAGAUGAACUCGACAGCAUCCUGUCAAAUUCAUCUCCUGGCAGUAAAUGUCAUAAUAAUGACGAACAAGUUAAAGGGCAAAGUCCUGAUUGUAUUUCUUACUUAAUUAAGUUACUAGAUCAACAUAAGAAAACUCUGGAUAUUAUUAAACGACCAGUUAUUUGUUUGUGUAGUGAUAUAUACAACAAAUCACUAAGGAACCUUAGGCUAAAAGUACCCAACAUUAUUUUAAAGACUCCCAAAAUAGAAAAGGUCACUAAAAGACUUUCAUUUAUUUGUGAAAAAGAAAAUAUUGAACUAGAAGAUCAAGAUAUUUUAACUAGACUAGCUAUUGCACAUAAUGGUGACAUUAGAUCAUGUUUGAACUCCCUAGAAUUAAUGAUACAAAAAGAGAAAUAUGAUGAACAUACAAAUAAGGUUUAUCUAGACUGGAUUGAUUUUAAUAAUUGUUGCUACAUUAAAGAUAUUGAACAAGAUGUAUCAGACUAUGUCAAAAUUUGUAUUGGACUUGAAAAUCACCAAGGCCAGAGUAUAGUUAAAUAUGUACUAAAAAAGGGUGAAGAAUGUGUGGCAAAUCAUGGAUCAAAUGUUACCACUUUGCUCCUUGAAAACAUAUACCGUUGUCUUGUCCGUAAUGAUCUAUACUUUAAUUACUUAGCUAGUAUAAUAGAUAAUAUAGUUGAAUAUGAUAUCCUUGGCUCAAGAAUAUGCUCAUUACUACCAUUUUUAAAUACAUGUUUAACAGUAGCUCCCAGAUUACAAGGAAUAAUGGCAAAUCAAUUUAGAUACUUUGGAAUGACAACUUAUGCUUACUCUCAAAAAGUAAAGAAAGCUAAUAAAAAUAUUCUAAAAGAUAUUUCGUUAAAUUCAAUCCCCACAUUUCAAAUACAAAUUCUAACUUACUACUUUGUUGUUGAUAUAUUACCGUUCAUAAUUGCAAUACUUUACUCAAAUGUAGAACCUAAUUAUAGUAAAUAUUGGUACUCUCCUCAGUUAAUAUCGAAGUUUAGAAAUUAUUUAAAUCAUCAGAAUAAUAAUAUUCAAAACGAACAGGAAACUCUUGCUUUCAAACAUCUAUUUCAUAUCCUCACAAUUUUGUUUAAUUUAGGGCUAAAUUAUACUCGAAAUGAUACUGUUGAAGAAAAUAUUUAUAUUAAAAACUCUAACUUGACAAAUUAUACUCUGAAUCCAAAUAUAGAGCAAUUCUUUUCUUUUCCAUGUUUCCAGAAUGCAUUGAAACUGGGCUUUAUAAGAGAUUCAUGUAUAUCGUCUACCAGUAUUCAGAUGAAUGCUUCUGAAUUUAGUUAUCGCUAUUAUUGUAUGAUAAAUCAAUUGCUAGAACUUUUUGCUGGCGAAAUUUGCAAGAAUACUUCUCAAUCUAGAUAUGGUAAUGAAGAAAUAAUAACUCAAAAGGAAAGAAAAAGUAAAACAGCUUUAUCAAUUCCUAACCAACUGAGCCCUAAGCACUUAAAUUAUGUAAAACUACCCUCUCCAAAUAAAAUUAUACAACAAAUUAGGGAAUACACUACUCCUAAUAGGAAUUGUCAAAUAACUUAUAAAUACAAUGAUGGAUGUACAGAUGCAGUAAAAAUUGAUGUAUAUAUUGGGGACUUUGUAGAUAUUAGAUCGUAUAUUUAG